GGCAAACUGAUUUUCCUUUCAGCCCUGAAGGGCUGGGGUUAAAGGCUUUGAACAGGAGCUAGGGGCGCUUGGGCGGCUUUUCUCCUCCUGGUCAGAUUGCUUCCACUUUCAGUUGUGAAAGAAAAACCAGGAAGUGAAGCCCGUGAGCACGUUAAAAGGGCCAGCCAUGGCCUGACUAGGACAGCGCUGAGCAGACAGAGGGAAGAGGCCUGGGGCUGGGGCUGUCUGCCCACGUGGAUUCGCUGAAGCUGCCCUGUCCCUGGAAGAGCCAGUAGUGAGGGAAGACGGCCAAGGUCUCAGGAGCCAGGCGGAACUCAGAGCCAAGAAGCCCCACUCGCUGGAAGCACUGAGAGAUGCUGCCCCCUCCCAGGGUCUGAAUUGCCUACUGGUGCUAUUCACAAAGAUGCUUUUCAUCUUAAACUUCUUGUUUUCCCCACUUCCAACCCCGGCCCUCAUCUGCAUCCUGACAUUUGGCGCUGCCAUCUUCCUGUGGCUCAUCAACAGACCUCAGCCAGUCUUUCCUCGUAUUGACCUGAACAACCAGUCUGUUGGAAUUGAGGGAGGAGCGCGGAAGGGGCUUUUCCAGAAGAACAACGAACUAAUAUGUUACUACUUCUCAGAUGCUAGGACCAUGUAUGAAAUUUUCCAGAGAGGACUCGCUGUGUCUGACAAUGGGCCCUGCUUGGGAUACAGAAAACCAAACCAGCCCUACAGAUGGCUGUCCUACAAACAGGUGUCCGAUCGAGCAGAGUACCUGGGCUCUUGUCUUUUGCAUAAAGGAUACAAGCCAUCACCAGAUCAAUUUAUUGGCAUCUUUGCUCAGAAUAGGCCAGAGUGGAUCAUCUCUGAGUUGGCCUGUUACACGUACUCCAUGGUAGCUGUCCCCUUGUAUGACACCUUGGGAGCAGAAGCCGUCAUAUACAUUAUCAACACGGCUGAUAUUGCCACAGUGAUCUGUGACACACCCCGAAAGGCAUCAGCCCUAUUAGAAAAUGUGGAGAAGGGCCUCACCCCAGGGCUGAAGAUAAUCAUCCUCAUGGAUCCUUUUGGGGAUGACCUGAAGCAAAGAGGGGAAAAGAUUGGAGUUGAGAUCUUCUCCCUGUUUGAUGCUGAGAAUAUAGGCAAAGAGAACUUCAGAAAACCUGUGCCUCCUCAACCAGAAGACCUGAGUGUCAUCUGCUUUACCAGUGGAACCACAGGUGAUCCCAAAGGAGCCAAGCUGACUCAUCAAAAUAUUGUUGCCAAUGCUGCUUCUUUCCUGUGUCUUUUAGAGGAUACCUUCCAUCCCUCCCCUGAAGAUGUAAGCAUAUCCUACCUCCCCUUGGCUCAUAUGUUUGAGAGGACCGUGCAGGCUGUUAUAUACUCCUGUGGAGCCAAAGUUGGUUUCUUCCAAGGAGAUAUUCGGUUGCUGCCUGAUGACAUGAAGACUUUGAAGCCCACAGUGUUUCCCACGGUGCCUCGACUCCUUAACAGGAUCUAUGAUAAGGUACAAAAUGAAGCCAAGACACCCUUGAAGAAGCUCUUGUUGAACCUGGCUAUUGCCUGCAAAUUCAGUGAAGUGAAAAAGGGUAUCAUCAGGAAUGACAGUUUCUGGGACAAGCUCAUCUUUGCAAAGAUUCAGGCAAGCCUGGGCGGGAAGGUCCGCAUCAUGGUCACUGGAGCUGCCCCCAUCUCCUCUCCCGUCUUGACCUUCCUCCGGGCAGCAAUGGGAUGUCUGGUGUUUGAAGCUUAUGGUCAAACUGAAUGCACAGCUGGAUGCACAUUUACAUCACCUGGGGACUGGACAUCAGGCCAUGUCGGAGCUCCUCUGUCUUGCAAUCAUGUGAAACUGGAAGAUGUGGCUGACAUGAACUACUUUUCAGUGAACAAUGAAGGAGAGAUCUGUAUUCGAGGCACUAAUGUGUUCAAAGGAUACCUGAAGGAGCCUGAGAAGACAGAGGAAGCCCUGGACAAAGAUGGCUGGCUUCACACAGGAGACAUUGGUCGCUGGCUCCCGAAUGGGACUCUGAAGAUCAUUGACCGAAAAAAGAACAUUUUUAAGCUGGCCCAAGGAGAAUACAUUGCUCCAGAGAAGAUAGAAAACGUGUACCUCAGGAGUGGACCAGUGUUGCAAAUUUUUGUACACGGGGACAGUCUACGGGCAUCCUUAGUAGGAGUCAUGGUUCCUGACCCAGAUGUGUUUCCCUCAUUUGCAGCCACACUUGGGAUUAAGGGCUCCCUCGAAGAGCUGUGCCAAAACCAAGUGGUGAAGACAGCCAUUUUAGAAGACUUGCAGAAAACUGGGAAAGAAGGUGGCCUUAAAUCCUUCGAACAAGUCAAAAACAUCUUUCUUCAUCCAGAGCCAUUUUCCACUGAAAAUGGGCUUUUGACACCAACAUUGAAAGCAAAGCGAGCAGAGCUUUCCAAAUACUUCCGGGUCCAAAUUGAUAGACUGUAUGAGAGUAUCCAGGAGUAGAUUAAGUUUGCUCCAGAGCUGGUAGCUAUGGGGAAGGAGUUAAAAUUUACGCCAAGCGCACUUUUCCAGUAAAUGAAGCAAGCACUAAGUCCACACUUCCUGAACUGGGAACAAAGAUCUUUGGGCAAACACGGCACCUGCACAACACGCUUGUCUUCUGUGAAGGAACCAACUGAUCCAGGUUUUUUUAUCCUCUGGAUUUCUGUUCUUGCUGUACCCUACCCCACCCGUUAAUAUGUGUUGCUUCUACUUGUAAAGUCUUUA